CUGAUGUAUGUUUGUUCUAUUUCUUUGUGGAACACCUGGCCACAUACAGAAGUAGACAGAAGAAAAUACAGAAUUGGGCUCCCAGUUGCCAAUAACUUCCACUCUUCACGGAAAUGUAUUAAUGUGUCUGCAGGGAUUUUCUUUGUCCAUUCAUUCAGAUCAUUUGACGCCAUUGAUGUUGGACGAGAUGGACUGGCGCACAAUCUUUGUUGUAGUUUAUCCCAAAGGUGUUUGAUGAGCUUCAUGCUCAGAGAUCAGAAAAGGGCCUUCGCCAAACUAGUCCCACAAGUUGGAAGUGUAAAAUUGUCCAAGAUGUCUUGGUAAAAUGAUGUAGUUAAUUAAGAUGUAUGUCCCUAGAUUGUAGUCUCAUCUGCAACCUGCUAUUGCACAAGGAAGUCGAAGCACUUUACUGGUCAUUUUGCACACAAGGAAACCUCUAAAACGGCUCCAGUGAAAGUCUCCAUUGGAGUGUUGAAUGAUCGUGAACAAAGCUGCAGUGUUUUGUUUCACGGUCCAGUGACACCUUGAAGGGGAUGCUUCUUUCACAGGAAGAGGAACACUGAGUUUGUGGUUCAUGGCAGGUCGGCAUGAGAUGGACUCAACUGAGGUUUUGCCUGCUGCUGGAACAUACCCCAGGAAAAUACUGGACUAUAUGGAAGGCUUCUUAGUCUCCAAGACUCUGUUCACGGCCUGCGAGCUUGGCGUCUUCGACGUGUUGUUGGGUGCAGGGCGCCCCUUGUCUGCAGAAGAUAUCAGCCAGGCGCUCGGUGCCAGCCUGGACGGCACCGAGAGGCUGUUGGCGGCCUGUGGAGGCCUUCAGCUGCUUGAGAUGCACCAGCAAAACGGACAAGUGUCUUACAGUAAUACUGAGCAGGCCAGCCUCUACCUGACCCGCUCUGGUCCUGCAACCCUCUACGACUCUGUCCAGUACAGCUCCAGAACGAUGUACCUCUGCUGGCACUACCUGACUGAUGCUGUCAGGGAGGGAAUAAAUCAACAUGAGAAAGCCUUCGGUGUCAGCUCCAAAGAGUUGUUUCAGGCUCUCUACAGGUCUGACGAGGAGAUGGUGAAGUUCAUGCAGCUAAUGAACUCCAUAUGGAACAUCUGUGGCCGAGAUGUGCUCACGGCCUUUGACCUUGCGCCUUUCAAGGUCAUCUGUGACCUCGGCGGCUGCAGCGGAGCAUUAGCCAAGCAGUGCACGUCGGCCUACCCAGAGUGCACAGUGAGGAUCUUUGACCUCCCCAAGGUGGUGCAGACAUCCAGAGAACAUUUUGUCAAGGAGGCUGACCACAGGAUAAGCUUCAUUGAAGGGGACUUUUUCAAAGACCCCCUGCUUGAGGCAGACCUCUACAUCCUCGCCAGGAUCCUCCACGACUGGAAAGACGAACGUUGUGUAGAACUGCUCAGUAGAGUCCACAGAGCCUGCAAACCAGGAGGCGCUGUGUUGCUGGUGGAGGCAUUGCUCUACGAGGACGGCUCGGGCCCGCUCACAGCGCAGCUCUACUCCCUGAACAUGCUGGUGCAGACGGAGGGUCGAGAGCGAACAGGGGCCCAGUACAGCUCCCUGCUGGUUGCCGCCGGGUUCACCAACAUCCAGUACCGUCUCACAGGCAAAAUCUAUGAUGCCGUCCUGGGCUUUAAAGAAGCAUGAGCUUUGGAUAAAAAUGAAUCACUAUUGGAAAAAAAUAUUCAUACCAGUAGAGUUUGAAGUAAAUGAACAUGCCAUUAUCGCAUUAUCGUAAUUGAUGAGCUUCUGCUCAUAAAUUCAUCUUUACGGAAUGCAAUUAUUCUUUUUAAAAUUGGAUUCAUACAUUAACAUAAUAAGAUCCCGCUUUAACCAAAACUUUCACUGUACUUAAGAUCAUUCCAAAAUGGUGUUUCUGUGCUAUAUCAUCGGUUUGUAGAGUUUGAGUUUAGAAUCUGUUUAACUCGUUGUCAUUUAUUAGUUCAAUGUGUAGUUCAACCCCUGGGAAAUGCAGGCCAAUUAAAAAUGUAUUCACACGGACUGAUGUACGUUAAAAAAAAAAAUGCAUGUUUGCAUGUUAAAAUGGAUACUAAUCCUUUCCCACACAUUUGAAUUAUUAUAACCACACAUAAAUCAACAGGAAGUCCAAUUUUUUCAAUCAUCUCACUUUUAAUUGGUCUCAGGAAGUGCAAACAUGCAAUAUUUGAUGAGAGAUAAAUAAUCAAUCUCUCCUUCAGCAGGCCUGAGAUGUAAUGUUUUUUUUAGGAAGUCAAGUUUACACAGUUGAGAUGUCCCAACAUGAACCCGGUCUAAAUUUCCCUAUAUUGCUCCUCCACCCCUGAAACUUCACAAUGAUGCUUACGCUUACUUCAAGAUAAAUUUUGUAUUCUGGUG